AUGUUCACGAAGCCAAAAAAGCCCGCGCCCGUGGACGAGGAGGACCUCCUCUUCGAGAUCCAGGACCCGUCCGCCGAGGCCGCCGAGGCCGGCGUCGCCGAGGUGCGCGUGGGCCCGGGCACGAUCCCGCUCGUCUUCGAGGACGCGGGCUGCGGCGCCCGCGUCGCCGCGGCGCGCGCGCCCCUCGACGCCGACGUCGGCGUCGGCUGGCGGCUGGUGGCCGUGAACGGCAUCGACGUCGCGGGCGUGGGCGCGGACGGCGUGCGCGCGGUGCUGGAGAAGCGGUCGAGCGAGGACCGGAAGCUGCGCUUCGAGACGGGCGAGGCCGAGGCGCUGGAGAAGGUGGAGAUCGCCGUCGACGGGGCGACGAUCGUGAACCUGGGGCUGGAUUUCGACGCCGCGGCCAAGCCCGCCGUCGUCGCGGCCGUCGCGGCGGAGUCGCCGCUCGCGGGCCGCGUCGCCGUCGGCGCCAAGCUCGUCUUCGCGCGCCUGGUCAAGGCGACGCCCAGCGCCUACGCGCUCCGGUUCCUCACGCCGCCGCCGCGGCAGACGCUCCUGGACUGCGCGACGUUCGCGCCGGGCGACGGCGAGCGCUUCGACGCCGUGCGGCGGCGCGCGUCGGCGUGGAUCUCGGCCUCGGAGCUCGCCAUCGUGUCCGUCGAGACCGUCGACGGCGAGUCGCUCCGCGUCUGGUUCGACGCGCUCGACCGACGAAACCGGCGCGCGCGCGCGUUGGACGCCGUCGCGAAGACGCGCCGGAGCCCCUGGGUCGUCGACCCCGAGCGGGGGCUCGCGACGCUCGUCGGGCCGGCGCCGCCCUGA